UGAGUUUUAUCUGGGUGUGUUCUCCAUUGAGAGGUGAUUCGAUUUUAAAAGAUUUGUAGAUUUGGUCAACUCCGCAGAGGAAUGUCAAGCAGCUGCGUUAAAAUGGGGCGGAGCCGUUAACGUUGCUGACAGACCCAAAUUCUUGUGCUGAUUACUUGUCAGCUGCUACUUCGUGACCUUAUUUGAAAAGCUUGUAAAGGAAACAAUCAGAAUAUUAACAGAGAAUUAUGGGAAGCUGGAAGAAUCACGUUCGCGCUCGACUUGAGCAGAGAGAUUUCAAAGAAAAACAUCCAUUUAUUGGAGUCUUCUCAAGCUUGUCUCAGCUGGAGGAACGUUUGGAAAUUCGAGAACAGAUUUUGGAGGAUAUGCAUGAUAAGAGCGUGGAUGGAGGUGAAGGGGUAACAGGAAAAGACACCCAGCUCAUUCAACUGCAGCUUAAGGAAAGUGAACACUUGGUCCACAAGUUGUCUCAAACUGUCUCUGAUCUGACCUCUGUCCUGUAUUUGAAAGAAGCUGAGCUACAAUACUGGCAGUCAUGUGUGUCACAACAUCGCCAAGAGGCUCUUACUCUGGCCAAAAGGAACAGCAAUUUAAACAAAACUCUUGUAGAUUUAGAGUUCACUGUAGAUCUUCAGUUCAAAGAGUUAGCGGCCCUGCGAUUGGAGAAAAAUAAAAUGAAGGAGGCGCUGGAUCAGGCUCAUGUAGACCAAGAACAGACGCUGCAUCGGUGGAUUGAGGAGAAGAAGAAGGAGGCAGACAGGCUGAAUAAAUAUAAUGACAAACAGGAAAGGUGGCAACAUGUGGCCAAACAGCUGAGGAAGCAGCUCCAAGGGCAGAGGGGGAAGAAAUCUGGUGCAAAUGGAACAUCUUCAUCAGCCAUUCAGAAGAUUUUUAUCUCAAAGGACACUCAGACAGCUGCCUGUCAGAUGCAGAAGUUCUCCGUCCCCUCACAAACCUCUGGAUCAGAUGCAUGUAGAUAGAUGACUUACUCUUUGCUACUUUUUGAACUUUUUUAUUUACAUUCACAUAAACUUUUAAAACAACCAGUGGUCUUAAAAGUUGCAAUGAAAAUGAAUGGUUUUGAGAAGAAAAGACUGUCCUGGCUGGUAACCUUUAGAGGAAAACUAAAAUCUUUAUUUUUUUCAGUUUUGUUCUUAAUGAAAUGUGUAUAGAUUGUCAUUCUUUUUGGUUUUAAUUUAUAAAAGGAUAUUUGUUUUAUAAAAAUGUUUAAAAUUGUAGCUUUGUACUUCUAAUCAAUAGUUAACAUGUUUGACUUGUAAAUAAAUUAAUAAACAUGAUAAUUCUCCUUUUAUAA